GACAGCCAACCUUGCUCAUCCCCCCCUCCCCGAUCCAAAUCAUGUCACGGUCUCGUCUGCCACCGACACCCGCCAUGUCCGGGGAGCUCACCAUCAAGGAGCAGUCCUCGGUGGAUGCGGCAGACACCUUUGCUCUGCCUCCUGCUGCCAUGAGCCCUGUUCGGAUGGUCGCUGCCAGCCGAAGGUCCUCCAAGUCGGAUCCUGCCCUCUGCUUUCCUGCGUCCCCUGCCUCGCCCACUACCACCAUGGGCAGAAUGGCCCACUCGCCGCGUCAGACGGGAAUCAAGCGACCCCUGGAAGAAUUUAAUCUGCCACCACCACCGACCCGCACCCGCAAGAUCAUCCAGAUGAAGCCCAAGACCCAGAACCAGCCCAAACCCGCCGCGCCGCCCAGCAGCAAGGCCUCCACGAAAGACAACGCCAGCAAGGCCUCUGCCAGCAAUGCAACUUCCUCGAAUCCCAAGAAGAAACAGCCCAGCGCCACAAGCGCAGCCGGUCGGAAGAUUGCGCGCAAGACAGCACACAGCUUGAUCGAGCGCCGGCGGAGAUCGAAGAUGAAUGAAGAGUUUGCGACCCUCAAAGAUAUGAUCCCCGCCUGUCAGGGACAGGAUAUGCAUAAGCUCGCUAUCUUGCAGGCAAGCAUUGAUUACGUCAACUACCUGGAGCAAUGUAUUCUAGAUCUCAAGACCGCGGGUGGCCCUGCAACAAGAGUCUCUCCGUCCAUGGCGCCGGCCCCACCCUCUCCAGCGUCCCCGGAGGCUCUUGCGGAGGAUUCGGGUCUUUCAUCUUCGGCUUCUGUGUCUCCAGAACUUCUCCCGACUGAAUCCUCGGCCUCUAAUACAACUUCACCGAUCUUUUCUGCACAGAUCCCAACGCCUGCUCCCGGAUCACUUCCUGACUUCCGAUGCUCGUUCGCGACAUUCUCUGCCUCAGAACCAGUCCAGCCCGCCGCCCCAGAGACGUCCCGCUCGGCACGUGGCUCGUGGGCUGCGUCAGCCAGUACCUCCCCGGGCCUGCCACCGCAGUACGCCAUGACAUCUCCAGCCGAUGUCGACCAUGAAGCGUCGGCAGCCUUGCUCAUGCUGAACCGUGACUGUCGGGGAUCCGUGGGAUCGGUCCAUGACGCGCAGGCACCUCCUGCAUCUAUCGCGCGGGAAGACCACAUCCAGGGGCAAGAUCCGCAAAAGAAGCUAGGCAUGAGUGUGCAAGACCUGCUCAUAUCUUGAGCUUCUGUAUUUUAACAUUUUGUUCAUGGCGUAAAAAGUAUGGUGCGUGGUUGGGCGUGUUGAUAAGCGUUGCUCAAACGAGCAGAAAGAGACCGGAUUGGCGUUCUUUGGGCGGGAUGAUAUGUUGGGUCUUGUUUGUUCUAUAUAUGCAGGCUGGACCAGUAUAAGUAAUGAUGAUGUCCUGAAUGAU